CGUCCCGCUCCCCGGUUGCUGUUCAGUGUCCCCGGUCAUCGAAGGGCCUUCCUUCUCCGUUUCUUGAUCCUCAACAGGGCUUCCUUCGAAUUUGCUGCUGUAACGAUCAAUUCUGGGCUUUUGCUUCCGCAGGCAACGCUUCUCCACUUUUUGCUUAACACAUUCGUCACAGUCCAUGUCAAGGAGGAGCUUAGGCAGUUUCGCGCAUGACAAACGGUUAUCGAAGUACCGCGUUACAGAUGAUGAAUUAUUCAAUUAUGUUCUCAGAGUAGCCCUUUUGAGCUACCUCAUGAUCCCCAAGCCAACGACGACCACAGAGAUGAAAUCCAGCGACUCCAAGGAUCGAGAACAUUCGUCCAGAUUGGCAGCUCUGUCCAAUUUUUCUAUCGGUGACAUGAUUAAAGAUCUAAGAGAUGGCCCAAACUCCAAAAGCGUAAAAUUUCCCGACAAAUUAAUCAAAGUUUUGGAGCAGAAGCUGCAGGAUAUUGCAAUGGGCAAGGAUCCUGCAUACUCGGACCAACUUGUAAGGAGAACUAUGGGCAAGUUUUACGGACAAUUUAUGGUGGACAGCUUCAAGCGUCAAAUGAAAGAGAAUCGAAAGAUUGAAGAGCUUAUCCUUAUGUUUGCGACACAUGCCACCGGUGUGUUGAAGAAGGAACCUACUCUAACCGGUGAUUCGUGGAAAUUCGAGCUAAACAACCAUAUCGCUCUCUUUGUCAAGCUCCUCCGGGAAAGUCUUCGCGGCUUGAAUCAUGUCUCUCCAGAGCUACUCGGAAGACUCGAUAUGUAUACAGCAAAGCUGGGCCCCGCCCAAUCUUCUGAUUCUGGUUAUGAGUCCUCAUCCACUUCCAGAGAUCGCGACUCUAUUGCCUCGUUGACAAUAAGUGGUCAUGUUUCUGACAUGUCGCUGGUGAAGACGGUUGCAGGCCUAUUCAGGCUUUCAGAGUCUUCUGUCCAAAAAGAGGUUGACCAAUUAAGAACAUUGUGUACAGAGAAAGCUGCUCUUGCUGAUCUUAAGACCUGUUUGAAAAAUAUCAACGCAGGCGCCCCAUUCCCUGGACGAAGAGAGGAUUUCGAAAGCGAAGAUGCUUGGCAACAUUGGAAGACGUUGGAGACAACACAACUUCAGCAGAUGAUGGUGGCCAUGGUGCAAUUCAAUCCUGAGUUAGCGAAAUCCACACCAUCAGACGUGUUACCCUCCGUCGGGACAUCUUCAUCUUCAACUCGUCCCGGAUCUGUGUACUCUCAAACACAAUCUUCCUCCCGACAUGGCUCAAUAAGUAGCCGGCUCUCUUUGCACGGCCUCGGCGGUGACUUUGUGGAUAUCACAGCACCAGAAGAUGGAGAAGAAGACGGCAUUGAGGUUGGACACCACUUCACGUAUAUCCCUCCCAAUCCAAAGCGAUUUUACAAACGACUUCUCGAGUUAUGUCUCAUAGCGGACCUAGAAUUAAUGCUCAGCCCUGAAGUCGACGACAAUGACGAGGUAUCACUGGGUAUUUUAUCCACCCUUCACAUCGACCUUUUGAACGAGUGUGCUAUUCGGUGGCGGAUAGGACAUGCAUAUCGGGCGUCAUGCUUCCUCGAUCUUGUGAAGCAAUUCUACGAGCGUAAUGAUGUGCCUCUUGAAUGUAUCCCCGAAGCUCUGCAAAAUGUUGUGCGUGUUAUGCACGACAUGGAGCUGGAUAAGUGGCCUCUUACAGAUGUUGACUAUGUCUGUAACAUUUAUGGAGGUCUUUUCAAUAUCUUUCUCUCUUCGUUAUACCACUCGAUGGACUCCAUACCACAUCUCAAACCCUCCGAAAUCGAACCUUAUUUGACCAUUCUUGAGCAUGUUCGAGAUAGUGGACUUCUCGAUCGAUUCAACGUGGAUGUCAACGCCCGUGUAUCAGAUGUCCAGACUCGAGUUCGUCAAGUUGCAUUGGAAAGCUUCAAUACUAAGCUGCGCGAGUUGCAAUCGACACCAGGCGUCAACCGAGCGUUGCCACUACUUCUCAUGACCGAUGAGCUAGAGAAGUCUGCGAAAGCAUUGGACAAGCGUUUCCCUGAACCAAUACUAGGUAAAAUUGAUCUAGUGUCAUUGGUCGUGGAAGUGCAAAUCCCCUUGUUCAUCACCGAGGUACAAUCGUCGCAGAAACGUCUUUUUGAGUCCUCGAUGAACGGUCCGACACCAGACAUACCCAUUCAGGAUAUUUUUGCGUUAUACCGACGAACAAAAACUCUGAUUUCCAUGUUGGCAGCUUUUGCUCCGGAGCAACGAAUUGACUUCAACCUCACUGGCUUUUUCGAGCCUUACGUGCUGCAGUGGUUGACUAACACAGACAAUAAAACAUCGAACUGGGUAGAAGCUGCUAUAGCUGCAGAUAAGUUCCAAGCCGAAGGCACUGAAGGUCACAGCUCAUCAAUCGUGGAUUUAUUCGACUCGCUUCGAAGUCCCAUCGAUUUUCUGCAGGAUCUCGAGUGGGAGGAUGAGUAUCAAAAUGCUAGGUUCUUCACUUCCCUGUCUAAGACAAUUGCGAAGGCCGUAGAGCAGUAUUGCAGGAGCGUGGAGACCAAAUUUCUUGCAGAGAUGUUUCCUCGUCCAAACGAUUACCUGCAACCUCAGAAAUCCUCCGCUUGGCUAGAAAAAGCACGGCAGCUCGCCAUUCAGGGUGAAAAGAAGAUCGAGCCUUUUAAUUUCCAACCGGAAUCGUGCGUGAAGUUGAACAACGUCGAGGCUGCCCGAAAAUUACUGGAUAACAUGUACAAUCAGAUAGAGGUUGAUAAAUUAGCAGGAGUCAUCUCAGACUCUGCUCCGCCUGUCCCGGAGAAGGUUGAACGAGAGCGAUUUCUGUUUAGUGUCAAAAUCGUGCUGGCCGAAGGACUGAUGUCCGGUGAAGCUUCUCUCACCAACAAAUUGGACACUUUUGUUACGCUAAGUGACGAAGCUGGCAACAGACUUGCAAAGACAAGGACCAUUUAUGAAACCGCUGCGCCCCGUUGGGAGGAAACGUUUGACAUCUCCGUGGAUAAACCGUUAUGGCUCAUGGUCAGCGUCCGUGAUCGAGCAUUAGUUGGCAAACACGACACUGUAGGGAGAGCGUACUUGUGUUUGGACCCACGUCGUUUUGGUGAUUUAAUGACACACGAUUUGUGGAUGGACCUCGAUUCUAGUGGGCGCGUGCUUGUUCGAGUAAGCAUGGAGGGUGAAAAAGAUGAUAUUCAAUUCUACUUCGGUCGUGCAUUCCGCUUCCUGAAAAGGGCAGAGUCGGACAUGCUUCGUAUCUUUAUCGACAAGAUGUCGCCCUUCAUACGGCAAUGCCUUUCUCGAUCCGUUGUGAAGACUCUCCUCAAGGCAAACAGUUUGGGCUUAGACGUUAACAAAGCCUUGGGUAAUGUCACUGCCCUGUACCGAUCGGCUUUGGGAAGUUCUGCAAGCGAAGUACAAAUUCCGCUUCCGUCUGGGGAGAAGCCACGGGUCCGUCCUGAAGAACUCAGUGACGUCGAGAUUGAGCAGGCCAUCCUACCCCUUUUUGAUUACUUCGAUGCCAAUCUUCAAACACUCAACACAUAUCUCAGCGAGACAGCAAAAGAGAAAGUCAUGACUCGUGUUUGGAAAGAGAUUCUGACUGUUCUCGAGGGUCUUUUGGUCCCACCAUUGUCUGAGGUUUCCAGCGAUAUGAAACCUCUGAGUGACAAGGAGGUCGACAUUGUGUUCAAGUGGCUGAAAUUCUUACGUGAUUACUUCUAUGCUGGAGGUGAAGGGCCGGUUCCCCUCGAAGUUCUACAAAACCAGAAGUAUCGUGACGUAGUCUCAAUCCGGCUCUACUAUGAUUGGUCCACCGACGAGCUCAUGGAGGAAUGUGUUCGCAUGAUGCAACAAAGCCUGCGUUCAUCGGCAGGAACUAUAAUGAAGCGCGCCAAGAGUGUGUAUCAGCAGCGUAAUCUUGGUACCAUCAAGGAGCGAAAAAAGGAGAAGCAACAAGAGAAGGAAAUCACGAAUGGACAAACUAUAAUGCAAAUCCUUCGAAUGCGACCGGGGACAUCAGAUUUCAUCGCACAGCAGCUACAAAUACUGACCCAGCUGCAACAAGACCAGGAAAUACGUGCCAAACAAGCCGAAGCCCGCAAAGUGUCCAGACCGAAUAAUAGUGUUAAGAAACAGAACGCAGACCUCCCUUCCGUGCCCCCCUUACCAUCAUGAGAACCACGACGCAUCUUAUAUACAUAGAUACCUAAUAUACUCUGUAUACCUUUUUUUCGACUCUGUCUCUGUUGAUUUUUUUCUUCCUGUUGCUUUACUUUCAGGGACAUUUUGUAUUACGCCCUCUUCACUUUACUGCCUAUUUUUACAUCACUUUGGAUGAGGAAAAUCGUACUUACUUCUUGCAGCGCUCGUCAUUGGCAGUUAUCCUGAUGACAUCCAUGAGAGCUCCGAGCCCUACAUAUGUCUUUGCCCCCGCCCCCACCCUAGUAGCUGCAGGUGCACCGUGACAAGAACAGUGCUUUUUUCUUCUCUGGUGAAUUCAUAUUUGAUUUACUUCC